UGUAAGCUUACUGUGUGUUUUAACUCAAAAACUUUUACAGAAAUGGCCGAUAGUAAUCCAAGCGUUAGUGAUUAUCGUUUCAAUAAUGCAAGUAGCCAGACUGACACUGAGAAAUUUGAUCCUCUAAAAGUUGUGGUUAAAAAGUCAGGGUUGCAAAUAUAAACGUGAAAACAAACAUAAACAAGCUACUGCAUGCAAGAAUUAAUCGUUCUGUCACUUCAGGAAACAGAAGUCCAAGGAAUACAUCUGUCAGAUCUGAGAGGAAGUCAAUUCUAUCAGCUUACCAUCAAGGUGAAGAUAACACUUGAUCAAUGAAAUCAUCUCACGAAGAAAAUUGCAAUUUUGUUAAGAAUUCAGACAGAAAAAGUAUUAAGAAUUAUGGAAAAAAGAAAAUUAAUAGAAAGACAGAUUACUUUUAUGACUCAGAAGACUUCGAAUCCGAAAAACUCUCUCCAAAAUGGUAUAAAGAAAGAGGCCAAGAAGUACCAAGUCAGCUUAAAAAGCUCCCUCAGCCCUCGAUAAAAACAAGCAGAGUUCUUUCUUUAAAAACAAGUCAAGUCUGCUCUGCAAGGCAAAGUUCUCACAAAAUGUCUACUAAUGGUCAAAAGGGCUCUCAAACUCCGAAGGUAAAGCAUCAGAACCAGGCCGUCAAUCAAAGUCUUAGAAAGAUAAAGCUGAGUAAAUAUUAUGACCAGAGCAUUCACGGACUCAGAAUUCAAGAUUUUACAGAUAAUCACUGUCAAGUAAGAGAGAAGGGCAAGGAGAGUGAAGCAGACAAACAUCUGCUACAAUAUCAGAUUCCUCAAGCUGAUAAAAGCCUACUCUUAGUCAGACCCUCUUCAGAUCUCGGAUUUAAAGUUACCAAAACUUUGAGGAAGAAUUUGAGAUUGUUAUCACAAGACGAAUUAGGAUUUAAACAUUUUUGUUCCUCAAAGCAAGGAGUCAACAAAGAAGAAAAGCCUAUAAAGAAUGUACAAAAAAGGAAGGAGCUAAAAUUAAUAGUUGAAGGAACGACUCCUUUAAAUUUCACCAGCAAUCAUAGUUGUAGAAAAUACAAAAAUAGACAAGUUAGUUCAAACAAGUCUCACCAAAAGGCACCAGUGAAGGAGCUGUUUAGAAGCAAGAACACUCUUUCUCCUCUUCUUGGUUCUCCUAAAAAGUGUUUUAACCAAAACCUCUCUACUAAGAUUGGAAGUAUUGUCGUUUCUCCUUCUAACAAGAUGAAAGAAAGUUUAGCAAGCUAUAUCCGGAACAACUAUAUCCAGAAAAAAUUUGCAAAGCAGAAGAAAUCGACAAGUUCUUGCUGAGCAGUAGGAGGGUUCAAGUGGCCUCAAAGUCAAAGAGCGAGGUAUAAGAAAACAUUGGGGACUAAAAAUUUUUACUUGAAAAACGGUAGUAAUUAA